AUGCCCUGCCAUGCCCUGCCAUGCCAUGCCAUGCCCUGCCAUGCCAUGCCAUGCCCUGCCAUGCCCUGCCAUGCCAUGCCAUGCCCUGCCAUGCCAUGCCAUGCCCUGCCAUGCCCUGCCAUGCCAUGCCAUGCCCUGCCAUGCCCUGCCAUGCCAUGCCAUGCCAUGCCAUGCCAUGCCCUGCCAUGCCAUGCCAUGCCAUGCCAUGCCAUGCCAUGCCAUGCCCUGCCAUGCCAUGCCAUGCCCUGCCAUGCCAUGCCAUGCCCUGCCAUGCCAUGCCAUGCCCUGCCAUGCCCUGCCAUGCCAUGCCAUGCCCUGCCAUGCCAUGCCAUGCCCUGCCAUGCCAUGCCAUGCCCUGCCAUGCCAUGCCAUGCCAUGCCUGCCAUGCCAUGCCAUGCCCUGCCAUGCCAUGCCAUGCCCUGCCAUGCCAUGCCAUGCCAUGCCAUGCCCUGCCAUGCCCUGCCAUGCCCUGCCAUGCCAUGCCAUGCCCUGCCAUGCCAUGCCAUGCCCUGCCAUGCCAUGCCAUGCCCUGCCAUGCCAUGCCAUGCCCUGCCAUGCCCUGCCAUGCCAUGCCAUGCCCUGCCAUGCCAUGCCAUGCCCUGCCAUGCCCUGCCAUGCCAUGCCAUGCCCUGCCAUGCCCUGCCAUGCCCUGCCAUGCCAUGCCAUGCCAUGCCAUGCCCUGCCAUGCCAUGCCAUGCCAUGCCAUGCCAUGCCCUGCCAUGCCAUGCCAUGCCAUGCCAUGCCCUGCCAUGCCCUGCCAUGCCAUGCCAUGCCCUGCCAUGCCAUGCCAUGCCCUGCCAUGCCCUGCCAUGCCAUGCCAUGCCCUGCCAUGCCCUGCCAUGCCCUGCCAUGCCAUGCCAUGCCAUGCCAUGCCCUGCCAUGCCAUGCCAUGCCAUGCCAUGCCAUGCCAUGCCAUGCCAUGCCCUGCCAUGCCAUGCCAUGCCCUGCCAUGCCAUGCCAUGCCCUGCCAUGCCCUGCCAUGCCAUGCCCUGCCAUGCCCUGCCAUGCCCUGCCAUGCCCUGCCAUGCCCUGCCAUGCCAUGCCAUGCCCUGCCAUGCCAUGCCAUGCCAUGCCAUGCCCUGCCAUGCCAUGCCAUGCCCUGCCAUGCCAUGCCAUGCCAUGCCAUGCCCUGCCAUGCCAUGCCAUGCCAUGCCAUGCCAUGCCCUGCCAUGCCAUGCCAUGCCAUGCCAUGCCAUGCCCUGCCAUGCCCUGCCAUGCCAUGCCAUGCCCUGCCAUGCCCUGCCAUGCCAUGCCAUGCCCUGCCAUGCCAUGCCAUGCCCUGCCAUGCCAUGCCAUGCCCUGCCAUGCCAUGCCAUGCCAUGCCCUGCCAUGCCAUGCCAUGCCCUGCCAUGCCAUGCCAUGCCAUGCCAUGCCCUGCCAUGCCAUGCCAUGCCCUGCCCUGCCAUGCCAUGCCAUGCCCUGCCAUGCCAUGCCAUGCCCUGCCAUGCCAUGCCAUGCCAUGCCCUGCCAUGCCAUGCCAUGCCCUGCCCUGCCAUGCCAUGCCAUGCCCUGCCAUGCCAUGCCAUGCCCUGCCAUGCCAUGCCAUGCCCUGCCAUGCCAUGCCAUGCCAUGCCAUGCCCUGCCAUGCCAUGCCAUGCCAUGCCAUGCCAUGCCCUGCCAUGCCAUGCCAUGCCAUGCCAUGCCAUGCCCUGCCAUGCCCUGCCAUGCCAUGCCAUGCCCUGCCAUGCCCUGCCAUGCCAUGCCAUGCCCUGCCAUGCCAUGCCAUGCCCUGCCAUGCCAUGCCAUGCCCUGCCAUGCCAUGCCAUGCCAUGCCCUGCCAUGCCAUGCCAUGCCCUGCCAUGCCAUGCCAUGCCAUGCCAUGCCCUGCCAUGCCAUGCCAUGCCCUGCCCUGCCAUGCCAUGCCAUGCCCUGCCAUGCCAUGCCAUGCCCUGCCAUGCCAUGCCAUGCCAUGCCCUGCCAUGCCAUGCCCUGCCCUGCCAUGCCAUGCCAUGCCCUGCCAUGCCAUGCCAUGCCCUGCCAUGCCAUGCCAUGCCCUGCCAUGCCAUGCCAUGCCAUGCCCUGCCAUGCCAUGCCAUGCCCUGCCAUGCCAUGCCAUGCCAUGCCAUGCCCUGCCAUGCCCUGCCAUGCCCUGCCAUGCCAUGCCAUGCCCUGCCAUGCCAUGCCAUGCCCUGCCAUGCCCUGCCAUGCCAUGCCAUGCCCUGCCAUGCCAUGCCAUGCCCUGCCAUGCCCUGCCAUGCCAUGCCAUGCCCUGCCAUGCCAUGCCAUGCCCUGCCAUGCCCUGCCAUGCCAUGCCAUGCCCUGCCAUGCCCUGCCAUGCCAUGCCAUGCCAUGCCAUGCCAUGCCCUGCCAUGCCAUGCCAUGCCAUGCCAUGCCCUGCCAUGCCCUGCCAUGCCAUGCCAUGCCCUGCCAUGCCAUGCCAUGCCCUGCCAUGCCCUGCCAUGCCAUGCCAUGCCCUGCCAUGCCCUGCCAUGCCCUGCCAUGCCAUGCCAUGCCAUGCCAUGCCCUGCCAUGCCAUGCCAUGCCCUGCCAUGCCAUGCCAUGCCCUGCCCUGCCAUGCCAUGCCAUGCCCUGCCAUGCCCUGCCAUGCCCUGCCAUGCCAUGCCAUGCCCUGCCAUGCCCUGCCAUGCCCUGCCAUGCCAUGCCAUGCCCUGCCAUGCCAUGCCAUGCCCUGCCAUGCCAUGCCAUGCCCUGCCAUGCCAUGCCAUGCCAUGCCCUGCCAUGCCAUGCCAUGCCCUGCCAUGCCAUGCCAUGCCAUGCCAUGCCCUGCCAUGCCAUGCCAUGCCCUGCCCUGCCAUGCCAUGCCAUGCCCUGCCAUGCCAUGCCAUGCCCUGCCAUGCCAUGCCAUGCCAUGCCCUGCCAUGCCAUGCCCUGCCCUGCCAUGCCAUGCCAUGCCCUGCCAUGCCAUGCCAUGCCCUGCCAUGCCAUGCCAUGCCCUGCCAUGCCAUGCCAUGCCAUGCCCUGCCAUGCCAUGCCAUGCCCUGCCAUGCCAUGCCAUGCCAUGCCAUGCCCUGCCAUGCCCUGCCAUGCCCUGCCAUGCCAUGCCAUGCCCUGCCAUGCCAUGCCAUGCCCUGCCAUGCCCUGCCAUGCCAUGCCAUGCCCUGCCAUGCCAUGCCAUGCCCUGCCAUGCCCUGCCAUGCCAUGCCAUGCCCUGCCAUGCCAUGCCAUGCCCUGCCAUGCCCUGCCAUGCCAUGCCAUGCCCUGCCAUGCCCUGCCAUGCCAUGCCAUGCCAUGCCAUGCCAUGCCCUGCCAUGCCAUGCCAUGCCAUGCCAUGCCCUGCCAUGCCCUGCCAUGCCAUGCCAUGCCCUGCCAUGCCAUGCCAUGCCCUGCCAUGCCCUGCCAUGCCAUGCCAUGCCCUGCCAUGCCCUGCCAUGCCCUGCCAUGCCAUGCCAUGCCAUGCCAUGCCCUGCCAUGCCAUGCCAUGCCCUGCCAUGCCAUGCCAUGCCCUGCCCUGCCAUGCCAUGCCAUGCCCUGCCAUGCCCUGCCAUGCCCUGCCAUGCCAUGCCAUGCCCUGCCAUGCCCUGCCAUGCCAUGCCAUGCCCUGCCAUGCCAUGCCAUGCCCUGCCAUGCCAUGCCAUGCCAUGCCAUGCCCUGCCAUGCCAUGCCAUGCCAUGCCAUGCCAUGCCCUGCCAUGCCAUGCCAUGCCAUGCCAUGCCAUGCCCUGCCAUGCCCUGCCAUGCCAUGCCAUGCCCUGCCAUGCCCUGCCAUGCCAUGCCAUGCCCUGCCAUGCCAUGCCAUGCCCUGCCAUGCCAUGCCAUGCCCUGCCAUGCCAUGCCAUGCCAUGCCCUGCCAUGCCAUGCCAUGCCCUGCCAUGCCAUGCCAUGCCAUGCCAUGCCCUGCCAUGCCAUGCCAUGCCCUGCCCUGCCAUGCCAUGCCAUGCCCUGCCAUGCCAUGCCAUGCCCUGCCAUGCCAUGCCAUGCCAUGCCCUGCCAUGCCAUGCCCCCAUUCCGCACCUUUCUAGCCCUACCUCGGCCCUCACCCCAGCACCCACUGCCCUACACGCCCCUGAGCCUCACCUCGGCAUCAAGACGGCAGGCGCGCCUUGAGCUCCUCCACUCCACCACCCUCGCCACCUGGAAGGGCCGAAAGAUGUGCCGUGCAGUGCAGUGCGGUGCAAUGGGAGGGAGGGAGACAUGGACGUACCUUGUAGCAGCCAGCCACCCACCUGCUGGCCUGCUGUGUGGAGGUGCAGCGGUAGGCGCGCCUUGA